UUUUCAUGAUUGGGGGUAUAUUUUGAGCAAGAGCAAGGGUUUCAUUCCUCCAGGUUAUGUUUUAAUGGUUUCAUUUUAUUUUUUCUGUACAUAGAAAGAGCAAUUGCUCGGAUUUGAUAUAAGUGUUUCAGCGAGCUAAGUAAAUAUGGGAGAAAUCGGGUUCUUAUUGCCUAGGGUUUGGGUUAAUGUUGCUGUGCUUAUUCUGCUUGGCCUGCACAUCCAUUUCUGUGCUGGUGAAGGAGAUGUAAAAAGCAUGGCUGUAGAUCAUCACAAUUUUGAGUUUGAUGAUCUAUCAGAGGGUUUUAUUAAGAAACAUGAAUCUGAUGAUGUGCCAGAGGGUUUUGUUGAGGAUUUUGAAUUUGUUAACGUGUCAGAGGGUGUUGUUCAGGAUUCUGGAUCUGAUAAUCCAUUAGAGGGUAUCAUUGAGAUAUCGGAAUCCGAUAAUUCAUUAGAGGCUAUCACUGAGAAUUUUGAAACUGAUAAUCCAUUAGAGGAUAGCAUUGAGAAUUUCGAAUCAGAUAAUGUAUCAGAGAAAUUUAUUUGUGAUAUGCCUGGUGUAGGAGAGGAAAGCAGUUUUCAGUUGGGUGGUAUGUUGGAUGGAUUCAGGGAUGUUUUUAAUGUUGUGUGGAGAGUUUUGGUGAGGCUUCCCCAAUUCUUAAUUGAAAUUAGCCCAUUCUUUAUGGGCUUGUGGCAAUUAGUGGAUAAGAUCAGAUGUAGAAAUCCAGAUGGAAUGUUCCCAAGUGCUAAGGAGUUGGAGAUGCAGAGGAUCGAAAAGGUUUUCCGCUUGGCAGAUGACCGACAGUCUUUUCAAUUCAUCUUAAACCCUAGAAGAUCAUUAUCAUUUGAUAGCAACAGAGAAUUCAACCGUGGAUGGCGCCUGGUAGUAGGUAACCACUGUUCAGGCCUUCCUUUUUCUUCUUUAAUAAUAGCUCUUCACAAACGUUAUGGUAUAGUGUCACAGCACAAUAAUCAGCCAUGGCCUGCACAGAAAGUGCUAAAUUUUAAAGAAAAAGUAGUAGUUGAAGAAGGAGAAACUAGUAAUUCUUCUGCAAUCUAUUUGGAUUGUCUUUCAAUUGAGCAUAUUCUAGCAAGGCUUCCUCUGCCCUCUUUGAUGAGGAUGAAAUGUGUAUCUAAAACAUGGAAAAAUGCAAUAUGUACAUCACCAUCUUUCUGGUCACUCUACAACUCUCUGAAUUCACACUAUUUGGUGGUGCAACACACUGCCCAGGGAUCCCAUGGCAUCGUCCUCUUCAGCCCCUCUCUAAACCACUGGUUCAGAAUCCCCUUACCCUUACCCUGGAGAAAAAGGAACUUCUCCCAUUUUUCUCCACCUUCUAUUGUCCAACUCUGUGCAGUGGGCGGUGGACUUUUCUUCUUUGUGGAUUCGGACUCAAGGGAGAUUUAUAAUCCUGUUGUACUUAACCCUUUAACUAAACAAUACAGGGUUUUGCCUGAUUUUCCCUCUCGUCAGGAUUGGCAUGGUGAAUCGGCUGUUGAACUGAUCGCUGACCUUAGUUCAAACCACUUUAACAUUGUUGUAAUGUCAAGCAACCAUGCAGAGCCAUCGAAAAUUUGCCCACUAAUAUACAAUUCCAGUUUGAAUAUGUGGACUACUGGUAAUGCUACUGAGGCAAGACCCUGGAGAAGCACUGAACACCCCUGGUGGAGAACGACUGCACACCCAUGGAGGAGUACUGUACAUGAAGGGAUGGUAUACUGCACAAGUACAUAUGGUGUUCAUGUGGGUUGUUAUAACAUACAAAGUACAGAAUUUAAAUAUCUAGAGAUUAAGGAAGGGCUGCCUCAGAUGAUUGAUUAUCUUGACUCUGAUGAGAACCCUCAUGCUACACUGCCUUCCUUAGUGGUAUGUAGUGAGAAGAUGAUUUUGGUGGGGAGAUUACAGAGCCCCAAGUCCAUCUUGGGCCGCUUACCUGUGAUAAAGCAUAGUUUGGUGGGCCUGUGGGAAUUGGAUUUAAGAUCAAAUUCUAAGAGUUGGUCUCUAAUUUCUGAGUCUCCCCUGGAUUUGUUGGAAACUGCUGUUAAGUCAUCAGAUGGUACAGAUUUUUUAGUUGCAUCAGAUGGCAGGGAUAGAAUUUGGUUUAUGCUUAGAGGAAGCACAAAUUUGUUGAGGUUUAAUUUGAGAUCCAUGGAGUGGAGUUUGUUGCCGGGAUGCCCAGGUGAAGAUAUAAUGGAUACCAGUGCAAGAAGGGCGUUUUCCACACCCUUCAGAAUAUCUCCCCAUUGCUGAAGAAUUCCACCCCACUGCACCCCAUCAUUGAAGACUUAAACUUGUAAGCAGAGAGAGAUAUUUUGGUUUCAUUAAUUAAGAUACAAUGGAUACUAGUGUGAGCAGAACAUUUUCUACACCGUCCACAAUGUCUUUCCAUUCUUGACUCAAUCUGCUUCACCACAUAACAUCAGUGAAAACUAUGAGUAAAGAGGUUGGUUUUGGUUUCAGUUCCUAUCUUGUACAGAAUGUCUUGAAUUCUCAAAUUGUUCACAUGAUCAAUGCAAUUUUGACCAUGAUUCUUCAUGGCAAUAUUGCUCUUAGAUAUGUUGUUUUCUGUUUGUUCCCUAUGUGUAAGAUCAUUUAUAUCAUGUAAGGUGUGUAAGAGAAUAUAGACACACUUAAGAGUGUGAAAGAACAUUAUUAUUAGAGGGAAUCACAUAGUGGACUUGGAAGGCAUCUUUAUUCACUACUAAUAGUUGUGUAAGAGGGCUGUAAGAGGCAACUAGUGCUCUUAUGGGAGCACUUGGGAGUUACAUGUAACCCCUCAGUGAUAGGGGUCAGAGAUGGUAUGGGAGAAGAUACAUACAUACUAAUUUGAAAGGCUUCACAAAUAUGGAUGCUCAUAGUUUGAUCCAGUGGUUUGGACAAUCAGUUUGGGAUUUCUAGGAUCUUCAUAGCCUAUGUAUUGAGGGCUUGCAAUGGAGAUUCUAUGUGGAUUUUUGUAGGAUUGUGUUGUCAAAUCGAACCAAAGAUGAAAACUUUUAUUGAAGUACUCAAACUUUACAGGUGUAUUGUAAAUAUCAUGUUGAAGAUUAAUACAUUGAAUCUCCUAUUUUGAUUUUAAA